AUGCGGAGGGCCUUCUCGCUCGCAUCCGGGGCCAGAGUUUCGGGAAAGACGAACGCUCCGAAGAUUCAGUUGUCGGCAUGGGAGACGAAGAUCUUUCGAUUCCUGGGUAGAGUUGCGUCCGUCGCAAGCACCACCGAGUCAAUAGAAGUACGUGUUGCUGGAGGAUGGGUUCGAGACAAAAUUCUUCAGCGGGCAACAGGUGACAUUGACAUUGCGGUCAGGAAUGUUACGGGGUAUCAGUUUGCUUCCCAGGUACAAGCUUUUGCGCGAGCGAAGAAAGCAGAAUUCUCAAAAGGAAACGAUGAAGAGGGUGGCAUUUCAGCAGUGGGAUGCAAAGAGUAUGUACCUGAUAUCUCAACCGUUGCUUUAAUCCCACCAAAUCCGUCUAUGUCUCGACAUCUUGAGACAGCAACGGUUCGUCUCGAUGGGCAGGACCUUGAUUUUGUGCAAUUGCGCACGGAGGAUUAUGCCACGGCUGAGGCACAUAGAGUUCCAACCUCAGUCUCUGCGGGCACACCCGAACAGGACUCUUUUCGGCGCGAUUUCACUAUCAAUGCUCUCUUCUACAACCUGCAAACUCGACAAGUGGAAGAUUUCACCUGUAACGGCCUGACGGAUCUGUCAAACGGCCUUGUAAGAACUCCAUUAGACCCUAAGACCACCUUGGUAGAAGACCCUUUGCGCGCCUUGCGGGCUGUUCGCUUUGCUUGUCGCUUGCAGUUUGAACUACAUCCAUCACUCUCCGCUGCCUUGUCCACAAAAGUCGUCAGAGACAAUCUGCAGCGAAAAGUCUCCCGAGAAAGGAUCGGUACCGAACUUCAUCAGAUUCUGGAUUCUCCGGAUGUUCUUCGUGGUUUGAAGAUGUUCGCCAAAUAUCAGUUGGUGGAAUCAGUCUUCAUGGAAGCUUUUCGUGCCACAACAGAAUCAGACACAUCACGCUAUCGCAAUGGUCUGAAGACAGUUGAACAAGCUUUAAGCCUUCUGUCGCACAACGAGAAGUGGUUGCUUGAUGACGAAAAGCAGAAAUUUCUACGCUACGGAGCGCAUGUUAUGAUCUAUAGUCUGCUGGUGUCGAAGGCAACUCGAGUUCGCAAACUUCUACAUGGUGCUCUCCGACAGCCAAAGCGCCUGCGACAGGAUGUCUGCUACGUCAUGCGAGAAAGUGCAGCUCUUGAAAACGUCCUUUCCAGCUGGUUCACGGCGCGCAUGAAUAACGAUGAAAUCGCAGAGAAACACUUCUGGAUUGAAAUUGCGGAAAUUGUGCAUAGUGCAGGUCAUUCUCUUUGGUUAGCUAUCGUCAUCUCUUCUUGCACCAAGAUUGGGGAAGAUCGUCUUCUUGAAGAAGUGCUCCGGAGCGGGGUGUCGUCGUCGCUUUGUUCUGUGUCGCCUGCACUAGAUGGGAAAAGAUUGCAAGCGGAACUUGGCAUACCCCCAGGACCUAAGGUUGGAAGGGCACUCAAAGAAUUAAUUCGGCUUCAGCUCCUCCAGUACCGGAGAGAGGAGAACGCAGCUGGACUACACCCUGUGCAACGAAGAGCGCCAAGCUCGGAGGUUUAUGUUGAAGUUCUAAAAGAGACGCUUUCUUCUUAAUAGUGGCGAAACGCGUGAACACGAUUCGAAUCGUGCGGAGAGUGUCUUCCUCUAUCCGCUUGUACAUUACUUGAUGUACUACAUCUAUUUCCAGUAUCGAAGCAGACUUAUGAACAACAAGCGCGUGGGAUCACUCCCAUUUAUUUGGCUAUUUCACAGUUACCGCUGCCGUGCACCAUGGCAGUGUGCAACCCUGUACAUUUUUUUGCAUACA